AUGGCCGUGGAGGAGGCAAAGGCAAAAAUUCAAGAGAAAGACGAAGAAACAACCUUCAAAGAGGUCUUAAUGCUGAAAAUUCACAACCUUGCAACUAUUGUGGCAAGACCAAUCACCUUGAGAAAGAUUGUUGGCACAAAGACAAGCCAAAUUGCUACUAUUGCAAGAGAUUUGGCCAUAUUGAGAAGGAUUGCAAAUUCAAGACCAAUCACCAAGCAGAAUUUUCAAAAGACAAGCAAGGAGAAGGAAACUUAUUCUUUGCUUGUCACAUGGCCAUUGAAAUCAAGAAUAAUAUAUGUUUUCAAGGAGGAAGCAACUAGGAUUCAUCCCACCGAUGGAGAGCUGGUCACAUCAAACACAAGCUCAGGCGAUGUUGUAGCUCUUCGGCCAAGAGGCCGGCCACCUAGCUCCAAAAACAAGCCUAAACCCCCGGUGAUAAUCACUCAAGAGAGCACCAACACGCUCCGAGCACAUAAAUUAGAGGUCAGCAGCGGCUGUGAUGUGUUUGAAUUAGUUGCAACAUAUGUUAGAAAAAGGCAAAGAGGUAUUUGCAUAUUGAGUAGUAGUGGCACGGUCAACAAUGUGAGCUUGAGGCAACUGGCUGUUGCCGGUUCAGUCAUGACGUUACAUGGUUGGUUCGAAAUUUUAUCAUUGUCGGGCUCCUUCCUUCCACCACUAGCUCCACCGGGUGCCACCAAUUUGACCAUAUAUUUGGCUGGUAGAUACAGUCAAGUUGUUGGAGGAAAUGUUGUGGGAGCUUUGAUUGCUUCUAGACCUGUGAUUGUUAUUGCUGCUUCUUUCACUAACGUAGCAUAUGAAAGACUGUCUUUGGAUGAAGAUGAUCACUCACUUCAGGUGCAGCCACCUAUGGUGUCUCAGCCCUCCAUUGGUGGUGAUGGCAGUGGCACUAGUGGUGCUGUUGCUGGUGGCUCAAAUAAUAAAUUUUCUGAUCCAUCUUUAGGGCUUCCCUUAUUCUAA